UCUGCUCCGUCUCUGUCCCCAUCGCCACCGCCCCCGCCAACGCCCCCGCCCCAUUUGCCCGAAAACCCUCAUGUCCGACUCGGGAAUCGGCUCCGAAUCCAGCCGCUCCUGACCGCUGAUCCAUGCGCGGGAUCGUUGAUGCCGUUUGGACCCGAUCCGAUCUCGCCGGAAUUCCUUUGCUGAGAUGAACGGGCACAGUGGCGAGAAAGGUGGGCCGGCGGCGUCAUCGUCGUCCGUGACGCCGCCUUUGGAUUGGAAGUUCUCGCAGGUCUUUGGGGAGCGCCUAUCGGGGGAGGAGGUCCAGGAAGUGGAUAUCAUCUCAGCAAUAGAAUUUGAUAAAACUGGAGACCAUCUUGCAACUGGAGAUAGAGGAGGCCGUGUUGUUUUGUUUGAGAGGACAGAUACUAGAAAUCUUGGCUCUCGGAAGGAUCUAGAGGCACAGGAUUAUCAGAUUAGUAGGCAUGCUGAGUUUCGCUACAAAACUGAGUUUCAAAGCCAUGAACCAGAGUUUGACUAUCUCAAAAGCUUGGAAAUAGAGGAGAAGAUUAAUGAAAUCGGAUGGUGUCAAACAGCUAAUGGUGCUUUAUCACUUCUCUCAACUAAUGAUAAAACAAUUAAAUACUGGAAGGUACAAGAAAAGAAGGUCAAACAAAUUGCUGAGAUGAGCUUAGAUGCUUCAAGGGUUGUCGGAAAUGGCUGCAGUGGUAGCUCAACUACAAAUAGUCCUACUCCAUCUCUUUCUAAUGGAUGCUCCGGAAGCACGUAUCUGAGCAAUGACUUAUCCUUCCCUCCUGGAGGGUUUCCUUCACUACGUUUGCCAGUGGUAGUGACUAGCCAUGAGAAGAGCCUUGUUGCGAGAUGUCGAAGAAUAUAUGCUCAUGCUCAUGAUUACCACAUAAACUCUAUUUCAACUAACAGUGAUGGUGAGACAUUUAUAUCAGCAGAUGAUCUUCGAAUAAAUUUGUGGAAUUUGGAAAUUAGCAGUCAGAGCUUUAAUAUUGUUGAUGUCAAACCUGCAAAUAUGGAAGAUUUAACAGAGGUUAUAACUUGUGCUGAAUUCCACCCAGUCCAUUGUAAUAUGUUAGCAUAUAGUAGCUCAAAGGGAUCUAUCCGGCUUAUAGAUUUGCGUCAAUCAGCAUUAUGUGAUAACCAUUCUAUGCUGUUUGAGAAUCAUGAGGCACCUGGUUCAAGAUCAUUUUUCACUGAGAUCAUUGCCUCUAUUUCGGAUAUCAAAUUUGCAAACGAUGGAAGACACAUCCUAAGUCGUGAUUAUAUGACCCUCAAGCUUUGGGAUAUAAACAUGGAUUCAGCUCCAGUCGCAACCUUUGACGUUCAUGAGUACUUGAGGCCUAGGUUGUGUGAUCUAUACGAGAAUGAUUCCAUCUUUGACAAAUUUGAAUGCUGUCUUAGUGGAGAUGGGUUGCGUGUGGCAACUGGUUCUUACAGUAACCUUUUUCGUGUAUUUGGCUGUGUUCCUGGAAGCAACGAAUCAACAACUUUAGAAGCCAGUAAAAAUCCAAUGAGGAAACAAGCGCAAAACGCUACAAGAGCUUCCAGAUCUCUUUGCAGUUUGACACGCGUCGUCCGACGAGGAGCAGAAAUCCCCAGUGUCGACGCCAAUGGGAACUCAUUCGAUCCCGCAAUCAAAUUGCUUCACUUGGCAUGGCACCCAACUGAAAAUUUGAUAGCCUGUGCCGCUGCAAACAGCUUGUACAUGUACUACGCAUAAUAAAGGCGACACACCAGUCAAUGAGGCAACAUAAAGGCAAGCAACUCCAUUUUGCAUUGCACCUUGUGAAGAAGGCUAGAGGCCCUUUCAGAUGCAACCAAAAAGAGACAGUGGAUUAAUUUCGAAUGGUAUCGACAUUAGAGCCUGAAGAGACUAUCAAAGUCCACAAGGCGACUAAAGAUUGUUCAUAUGUAUCAGGAUCAGAAUGUGGGGAUCCUUAUUCAUAUUCUUUUUAUGUUCGGGGAAGAGAUUGAUCAUCUAUUUUGCUCCUGUUUCAGAAUCAGGAUCCCACUUAAUGAUAGCUUUCUCUUACAACUAAUCCAGGGGUUUGAUGAGUGUGUGUAGUCUUAUUCUCUAGAGAGGUCAGUGUUAUUCACUUAAUGCUACAAUUACAGUGUAAAAGACAUACAUAGCUCAAGGCUUGUGAAAGUUCUUAUUUUUAUGUA